CCACUACGUAUGGAUAUAGUAUUAUAUUUGUCACAUGAUGGUAUUAGAUUAAUAUUUGAUCCUGUAUCACAAAGAUUAAAGAUGAUAGAAGUAAAUAACAUGGCUAAAGUGAAGUUGAAAUAUUGUGGUGUUCACUUUAAUACCCCACAAGUUCGACCUACCAUAGAACAGAUUGAUCAGUCAUUUGGUGCCACACAUCCUGGAGUGUACAUAUCAGAAAAACAGCUAUUUGUUCUUAAUUUCCGAGGUCUUUCAUUUGACUUUCCCAUAGAUUCCAAAUUUGAGCCAAGAUAUGCUCAUGGUUUAGGUUCAUUACAGUUUUCAGGAGCCUCACCUACUGUAUCUAGAAUGUGUAUAUAUACUGGAAAUACGGUAUCUGAUACCAAAGCACCACCAUUGUCUGUAUCUUGUUUCCAUGGCAACUGUUUUUUAGAUUGUUUGGAAGUUUUACGGGAAAAUAAUGUUACUGUAGGGUUAAAAUUUUUACUAGUCACUGAGGGUAAUGGACCAGGCAAAUUAGUAGAUCCUAGAAAGAAGACGGUAGAAAGAAUAGUUAAAUUUGGUGAUACUUGUCAAGAUGUUGUUAGUGCCUUAGGUUGUGCUAGUAAAGUAUUUUAUAAGUCAGAAGAUAAAAUGAAAAUCCAUUCACCAGAAGCACAUAAAAGAGUUCGCUCUCAGAGUGCUGAUUAUUUCUACAAUUAUUUUACAUUAGGCUUGGAUUUAUUAUUUGAUGCCAAUACUCAUAAAGUUAAAAAGUUUAUAUUACAUACCAAUUAUCCUGGUCAUUAUAAUUUUAAUAUGUAUUGCCGUUGUGAGUUUAAAUUACCAGCUGUAAUGGAGAAAGUUAAACAACCAUUGCUAUCUACUAUAGAUGAUGAUGAACUAGUUAUUACAGCUUAUUCUAAGUGGGACGAUGUACAGAAAUGGUUAUUAAAACCUACAGAACAACCAGUUAUAUUAAGUAGAUCUAGUUCCACCAAUACCAGUAAUCCAUUUGCUCCUACAUUUUGUUUUGGUGUUCAAGAUAUUAUAUUUGAGAUCAUGCAAAAUCAACAUAUAGCAUCAGUAACUAUUUAUCAAUCUAAAGAAUUGUCAUCAUCUUGA